UUAUAAUUUUUUAGUAAAAAAAAAAAAGACAAAGAAUAAGGAGUUCUAAGACUAACAGGAGCAAAGCACUAAAAAUAAAGCAUAUGAGUUGGCAGAGGUAUUUAAAAACCUAAAAUUAAAUGUACGAAUAUAAACAAGGGAUAUGUCAAUGAAUAUUCAACUUACUAUCAUUGGAGCUCGUAACAUUAAAGCUGCAGAUAUAACUGGUACAUCUGAUGGAUAUGUAAAAGUAAAAGUUGGAAAAAAGAAAGAAAAAACCAAAAUUGCAAAACCAUCAUUAAAUCCAGAUUGGAAUGAAACAUUUAACUUCCAAGUAAGUCCAAAAGAAGAAAUUCAAUUUAAAUUAUAUGAUCAUGAUAAAAUUGGUAAAGAUGAUAAACUUGGAAAAGUAAAAUAUUGUAUUCCACAACUUAUUAAUGGUGAUACAAUUUAUGAAAUUCUUAAAAUUGAUGAAAAGGGAUUAUUGUACAUUUCAAUUAAAUGUAUUUCAGGUGGAAUUCCUCUUCAAUAUCAACCAGUUCGAAGAGAUACUAAAGUAUUAUUAAAAAUUUCAAUUCCAUGUGUUUAUUUAUAUCCAUGUGUUAUUCCACAAGAAGCACUUAAUAAUAAUAAUUAUAAUGUUAGAGUUGGAUUUAAAACAUCUAUGACUGAACAUCAAAAAACUAAAAAAGUUAGAGAAUUAUGGUGUGCUAAAUAUGAAGAAGAUUUUUAUUGUUGGGUUAAAACUGGUGAAAAAAUUAAAUUUGAAUUAAUCUUCAAAGAAACUCUUGGAAUUAAAGACGUUUUAUUGACAACUGGAACAUGGUGUGUUCCUGAUUUACUUGAUGGUGAAGAGAUCAAUGCUAAAGUAAGCUCUAAAAAAUUUGCUACAUUUAAUGUUAAAGUUAAAUGUAUGAGAGGAAUUUAUCAUAACGUUGCUCCUAAUGAAAUUCCACCAAUGUAUGAUCCAAAACCCCAACAAGUUUAUAAAUAUGAAGUUUUCAUUGAAAAAGCUGAACAUUUAAAAAAUAAAGAUAUUAUUGGAAAGAGUGAUCCUUAUGUCAUUAUUAAGACUGAUAAAUCAAAGAAACAAAGAAAGUCUGUUACUUUCUUGAAUAAUCAAAGUCCUAAAUUCAUGGAGGCUUUCAAAGUUAAAGCAACUGUUGGAAGUGAAAUUAAAUUUAAAUUAUUUGAUCAAGACCCAGGAAAAGAUGACAAAAUUGGAAAAUGUAAGUUAAUUGUUCCAAGUGACCUUAAAGAAGGUGAAGUAAGAAAGUUUAGUCUUGAAGUUUCUAAAGGAAAGAAUGCUAUGUUAUAUGUUGAACUUAAGAGAAUGAGAGACUUCACUUGUACCUAUGCUACUAGAUUCCUUGGUUUUAAACCAUCUGCUGCUCCAAUGGGAAUGCCUCCAAUGCAACAACCAGGAAUGCCUCCAAUGGGUUAUCCUCCAAUGGGAAUGCCACCACAAGGCUAUCCUCCAAUGCAACAACCAGGAAUGCCUCCAAUGGGUUAUCCUCCAAUGCAACAACCAGGAAUGCCACCACAAGGUUAUCCUCCAAUGGGUUAUCCUCCAAUGCAACCUGGUGCUCAACACUAAUUCAUUGAAUGAUCUCUAACUUACAAGUAGUGUUAAGGUAACAAAUUAACUUUAUUCUUCCUAAUGGUUUUAGUUAUUGUUUGUAUUUUUGAAAGUCUGUUUUAAAAAAAAGUAUAGAAUUUAUUGUAUUUUUUGAUACUAUUUCAU